UUUUUGACAAAACCUAGUUGUACAUUGAGGGUAGGGCGAUUCGCUGCCUGGUGGUGUUUUUACAAGGAAAAAAAAACAGGAAAAAUUAAGAAAGAAAAACAGAACGGGAAGACAGCCUUAUCCUCAGCCACGAACGGCCCCCUCGCUCUCACUCCACACGCUCUGACGCCCGCACACGGCGCACACCAUGGCCGCUGCUUCAGCUUCGCUGCUCCACCUCGCCACCCCGACAAACUCCACUCACCUCGUAGUCCGGCUCCCCGCCUCCCAGCUGCCCCGCCGCCGGCCGCCGGGGGCACGCAUCGCCACCGCGCAGCCGCCGCGGGCGUACAAGGUGACGAUCGAGCACGACGGCGCGUCGCGGGUGGUGGAGGUGGAGGAGGACGAGACGAUCCUGUCCCGCGCGCUGGACGAGGGCCUGGAGGUGCCGCACGACUGCAAGCUCGGCGUGUGCAUGACGUGCCCGGCGCGGCUGGUCUCCGGGGUGGUGGACCAGAGCGACGGCAUGCUCAGCGACGACGUCGUCGCGCAGGGGUACGCGCUGCUGUGCGCAGCGUACCCGCGCUCCGACUGCACCAUCCGCGUCAUCCCCGAGGACGAGCUGCUCAAGGUCCAGCUCGCCACCGCCGACGACUGACGCCCCGCCGGUGACAAGCGGACCGACCAGGCAUCGACCUCCGGCAGUGUAAUAAUGGCCCCCGAGACAUCGUUCACCACUCUUGUUGAUUAUUAGUAGUAAUAGUGACAGAGCUUUUUCUUGAGAAUAGAUAUUGUGAUGAUAUGCCUCAUUGCCAAAUUUCUUGUGUCAGAAUCGAGCAUUUCCCAACAUUUGGUAGCACACUGCGAAUUAUCUCCA